GCGGUGGCAUCAGCGAAUACUUCGUUACCAGGCUGCCCAGAGAAGUGCGGCAAUAUCACCAUCCCAUACCCCUUCGGCAUCGGCCCCAACUGCUCUCUGGAAGGUUUCGAGGUCGCAUGCAACCACUCGAAGCCUUUCAUAGGUACCAGCAGCGUCGAGCUAAUCGAUGUCAACCUGGUAGGCAGGGUCCUACGUCUCCACUUUUACAACUACCGCAACUGCUUCGACAGCAGCAACUCCACGGGCGACACAGUUCCCCAAAUGAACUUCUUCUUUAAUGGCAAAAAGAAUGGGGUGACUGUGGCUAUUCUCUGGGCAGUAGGAGGCAUGAGCUGUGAGAAAGCCAUGCUUGACACCACUUCUUACCUUUGUCGUAGCGAGAACAGUGAGUGUUUUGACUCUCCCGACUACAGUACUGCAUAUUAUUGCAGCUGUUCAGCGGGCUAUGAAGGCAAUCCCUAUAUCCCCAGUGGAUGCCAAGAUAUAAACGAGUGCGAGCUUCCGAAGCAGUAUCCAUGCUAUGGAACCUGCCUUAAUUCCCUCGGGAGCUACACUUGCAACUGUCCAGAAGGCACCCAUGGAAAUGCUCUGAUGGAAGCAGGCUGCAUCAGACAUAAGUCCGUUUUAGGAAGAAUUAUUAUUACAGCUGGAGGUGUUGGAGUAGGCAUUCUUCUUCUUCUGGGAUCUAGUGUUCUGUUUUGGAGGAUAUUGAAGGAAAGAAAUGUGAGAAAAAGAAAGGAGAAGUUCUUUCACCAAAAUCGAGGACUGUUAUUGCAACAGCUUGUCUCUUCUGAUGAAAGCCUUAUUGAGAGGAUGAAGAUCUUCACGCUAGAAGAGCUAGAGAAGGCGACCAAUAAUUUUGAUUGUGCUCGUGUUGUUGGUAAAGGAGGCCAUGGCACUGUUUAUAAAGGAAUUCUAUUAGACCAACGCGUGGUUGCUAUCAAAAAGUCAAAAAUAGCAAAUCAGAUUGAGUUAGAUUAAUUUAUAAAUGAGAUGGUUAUUCUUUCUCAAAUCAAUCACCGGAAUGUGGUUAAGCUCUUUGGAUGUUGCCUAGAAUCCAAAGUCCCCCUGUUAGUAUAUGAAUUUAUCUCUGGUGGAACUCUUUUCAACCAUCUCCAUGAUAGCCAACACUUUGCUCCUCUAUCAUUACAAGAUCGUCUGAGGAUUGCAGCUGAAAUUGCAAGUGCACUGUCCUAUCUACACUCUGAGGCUUCGAUAUCAAUUUUCCAUAGAGAUGUCAAGUCAUCUAAUAUAUUACUCAAUGAAAGCUAUACUGUAAAGGUAUCAGAUUUUGGUACUUCAAGGUCUAUUCCUCUUAAUCGAACAUGUAUAACCACAACUGUUCAAGGAACAUAUGGUUACUUGGAUCCUGAAUACCACCAAACAGGCCAACUAACAGAGAAAAGUGAUGUCUAUAGCUUUGGAGUCAUUCUACUGGAGUUGUUAACUGGGAAGAAUCCAAAUUCAUACAGAAAGCAUAAAGAUGGAACUCUGACUUUGGAUUUCAUUUCUUCCUUGAGGGAGAAUCAUCUCUUUGACAUUUUAGAUCCCCACAUUGUGGAAGGAGAAGGAAAAGAAGAGAUUGAAACUGUUGCUACUCUUACUGAAUUGUGCCUGAGAUUGAAAGGGAAAGAAAGACCCACAAUGAGGGAGGUGGAACAAAAACUUGAUACCAUUAGAAGGUUCAAAAGAUCAAAGCAUGAUUUUGAUGUUUUACAAAAUGGUGGAAUGACAGCAGGCUUGCCAGGCAAGAUACCAAUUAAAGGCAAUGCUAGUGAUUUGACCAGGCAAUACAGUCUAGAGAAAGAGUUAUUGUUGUCACUAGUAGAAGAACCAAGAUGAUUUUACAAGGGUAGAGAGCCAUAUGAAUGAAUGAAUGAUUUGUUGGAUGUUAAACUGAAUUUAGUAGUCACCUCAAUUGAGUCAACCUAUAUAUAUGGUAUUCUCCAAGGUAUCCUAUGUGGUAUGGUCUAAGAGUCCAGAAGUGAAUAGUGUAUGUGAAGUAUCAUGGCAAGAGUCAUAUGAGUGGAGUCAUCUAAUGAAGUGAAUAAUCAUGAAUGUAAGGGGUGUCUUUUAGAAUUCUAUGUAAGUUUAAUAGUUCUCUUUAAUGUUCCAAUACAUUUAUGUAAGGAAUGUAUCAAGAGUCAUUAUGUAACUAUAUAAAGGCAUGUAAUGGUUCAUCAUAUAAGAAAGUAAUGGCAGUUUUAAUACACUUACAUUACAGAUGAACUCCUGCACCAUUGAAUCACGAACAACAUCAAGUGCAGCGUCUGUGACAUCCAGCGGAUCGGAAUGCCGAUGUCGGCCAUGUUCGAGCAUGUCUUGAAGCAGUUGAAGGUCAUGUUAGGCAAAUGAAAGGCCUUCUUGGUGCACCGGCCGGCGAGGGUUUGGAUGAGAUGGAGUUUACCGAAGAGGAGAUCAAAAUGAAUGAUUUAGUGCCGGAAUACCACCAGUAGCAGCAUGCAGCGGCCGAGGAUCCAAUUGAUUUCGUAAUCCAAUGCAUGCUGCUGCUCCUCCUGCAAUAUCAAUUCUCCACAGAGACGUCAAGUCACGCAAGAUACUACUAGAUAAAAAGUUGUACGGCAGAGUAUCGGAUUUCGGUGCUUCAAGAUCAAUUCCUGUUAAUAAAACACAAGUAACUACGGUUGUUUACGUAACGUAUGGCUAUUUGGAUCCCGUGUACCACCUAACAGGCCAACCAACCGAAAGAAGUGAUGUUUAUAUUUUUCUGGACGAGGGGUAUGCCGAUGAGG